UUCCUUCAGAAUUAUGAGUUUAUAUCACGACAGCACCAGUGCCCUUUCACUUUAAUUUCAUGGAAAAGAGAAGCUUGGACACUCCGCUGGACAUCUCUUUCUGUGUUCCACUAAAUAAAUAAAGUCAUACAGGCUUUAGUGAAUGACUUAAAUGUCUUUUUUGGAGCUUAUCAUUUGGAUCAUUUGUUUUUAACAAAAUUGACACCCUUUAAAGUGACCUUGCUACAAUCUUUUUUAAAACAUGUAUUACAGUCUUUACUCUCUCUUCAGUUUAUUACAUUUUAUGAGAUUUAUUUUCAUCUAGAUAGCAUAGCGACAUGAACAGCCACUUGUCUUGUGGUUAUCAGAACUCCAUUAAUGAAUUUAUCUGGGAUGUAUGUGGUCACAGAUCACAUCUGAUCUUUUUUUUAUAACAUUGUUUAUUAUCAGCUUACUAGGCCUCAGCGUGAACUCUUUCAAAGUCCUUUUUUGCCCCAUUGGUGUUAUAUAACUUGCUAACAAUACUCAGUGAUAAUAACAGUUUUUCGGGAAUGCUGUACUGUUGUGUUGGUGCCGCUCCACAGCGUGACAGCAUUGAAAUCUGGUGCCAGUAAACACCUUGCACAUUUGGUGCUUUGAUACUUGACUUGGACAUAUGCAGCGAGGUCACAGGGCUGUUUCCUUUGGGAUGUUCCGGUCAGGAUUCUCAGAAUAGAACUAUUUCCUCAAGAAGCAGAACUGAAAAGAGACUGGAAGUGCUGGCAGUGUGUGGAUUAGGAGCAUGCUUGAUUAUUGUUUCAGGACGUUGUGCUGUAAAGGACCUCCCCCUCCCAGACCAGAAUAUGACGUGGUUUGUAUCGGUCUGACGGGUUCUGGGAAGACCAGCCUGCUCUCCAGACUUUGCAGUGAGGCAACAGACAACAUCGUCCCCACCACAGGUUUUAGCAUUAAAGCUGUCCCGCUCCAGAAUGCCAUUUUAAAUGUCAAGGAACUUGGAGGAGCGGACUCAAUUAAAAAGUACUGGAGCCGGUACUACCAGGGCUCUCAGGGGGUGGUGUUUGUUUUGGACAGCGCUUCGUCGGAGGAGGACUUGGAAGUGGCGCGUACAGAGCUCCACUCGGCCCUGCAACAUCCGCAGCUCUGCACGCUUCCCUUCCUCAUUCUGGCCAACCACCAGGACAAACCUGCUGCCCGCUCUGUACAAGAGAUAAAGAAAUACUUUGAGCUGGAACCUCUGGCACGAGGCAAGAGCUGGAUUCUGGAUGGCAGCACGGUGGACAGCAUGGACACGGUGAAGGAGAGCUUUGGUCAGCUCAUUCAUCUGCUUGAGGAGAAGGACCAUGAGAUAGGCAGGAUAUGACUCGGGGACGACAUCCCAGCACCCCUUAGACACUACCGAACGCCAACUCACCACAGGCCGGCACAUGCCGGUUCAGCCUGGCUGUUGUGUAUACUACAUUGUUACUGUGGUGAAACAAUUUGAGCCAUGGGGAAAAAAAAUGGACUAUGGUAAAUCCUCAUGUAAGGAUGCAUAUCUGCAGAAAAAGAAGGUACCUCAGCCCUUAAGUUUGAUACCUUCUCUUAAACCACAUGUGUAAACCCAGAACAAGUGUUAGACACACGAUUACCAUUCUCAGUAAAAUGGUUGUAUCUGUCCUUUUUAAUACAGACCUUGUCGCACAUUGCUUCUAAAUAGAUGAUGUAAUCAUAUGCUUGGUCACGUAGGGCAACUGGAAGUCACGCAGUCCAUAGUUUGUUUUCUUAGCACAGCGUGUGAGUGAUUGUGUGAAUGAUUGUUUGCGAGCGAGAGAGACAUGCCGGUUUGUACUUAAAAGCCUUAAAGUGAGUACUAAUGUAUUUUUAAAACAAAUGUUUCAUUAUGUUUUCACAAACGACAGUCUUUAGAUGUAAUUCAAAUAGGCCGUCUUAAAUAUUUGUGGCUGUGAAGUGAAAAGAAGUGGAAUUAUGAGUGAUUCCUCAGUUGUAAAAAAAUAAAAUAAAUAAAAUGUAAUAUCUCGACACUGCAUGGAGCCGCACUUGACGAACCAUUGGAGCUUUAGAGUGACCUAUAAACGCGCAUUUUUAAAUUUGGGAUCAUUGAGGACACCAGUGUUUUCAUAACUUGGUCUAGUAUUAUUUCUCAGCUGAUCAUAUGAUCUCAGCUGAUCAUAUCCAGGAUUUUGCUCAUCUGUCUCUUUAUCUUGGAUGGUAAUGGCUGACAAAGCCCUACUGAAAAAUAAUAACACUGAAAGAAAUUAAAACCAUAAUCAGCGCUCUAGGUGAACCGUGACACAGCCUUUGAUUUUAUAUAUUCAUGAUGUAUUUACUAUGUGCUUGUUUGGAUAUCACGUUAUUUGUUUUUGAAUUUUUUUUGUAUUUCUGUUGGCCCUGAAUGUAACACACUCUCUUUGCAUAACCACACCUCCUCUAGUCUACAUGUUUUCCCAUUUGGAUGAGUUUCUAGAUGUAUGAAUGGAGGAGGAAGUUAAUGCAAGAGCCCAGUCUGGUAUUAACCAAAUCAUUCAUGUGCCACAUCAGCCACACUUCCAGAAACAAGCAUCAUUUGACAAACACCUUGAAUGCAUAAUCGUCAUCAGACUCGGGCAACAUCUUGGGUUUUAUUUAUAUCUACUACAAUUUUAUACCCUCCAAACCAGUUCAGCUGCCUUUUUGUAAUUCAAAUAUUUUUACAUUGUUACAGAUUAGUCACUGGAAAGACAUGUGCCUGUCUUUGUACUGGAAGAUAAAAUGUCUAGGUGGACUUUUAGGCUUUUACCAAGGUGGCAUCAGGUCAUUCACAUGUUUGACAGUGUUUGUGUAUUUAUGCAUAAUUUCCACUGAGCAACAUGGAAAAUAAAGGCUGAAGAAGGACAAA